AUGUCCUUCGACUUCUCUAUCCCACCUGCUGGUUCCCAGCCACGGGCAUUAUCAUCAUUCCAAUUAUCUGGUUCACCCGACCGUUCCGAGCCAGGAACUCCUUUGAAUUCAAGUUUGCUGAUGAGCCCUACUGGCUACCAACGCACUUCUGAAUCCCCGCCUUCAAGUUCACGUCAACCACAAAUUGACCCAAAUCUCUUUGCAGACGAAUUGUCUGCCCUCUUUGUGGACACACUUGCCAACCAAUUUGGCCUUGGCGACGCAGAACAGGACUUACGGAAAAACCUACAUGGUUUUGCUAAGCUCGGUCAUGGAUUGAGCAAAUCUGACCUUGCAACUAGAACUUAUCUCCUCGGCAGUAUAUUCUGCAUUCUCAAGGAGCAACGCAUGAUUGCUGCCUCUCACCAGUCAACGCAAACACUUCUCGCAGACUUACAAAUCCGGCUGGAAGCCACAUUUUCGCUUAGUCCGGAGCAACGAACAAACAUACGCAUUGUGGGAUGUGAUCUCAUUUUUGAUCCUAAUAGAAUAACUUUCAUGACACUGCACUUUGAUGUGGCGGAUCAUCUACGUGAAGAUCGCGAGGCCUUUAAACUCACAAAUAUCUAUGGAAACCCAGCUAGGGAACGUUUCCUGACCAUCUAUAUCAAAUGUCAGUGUUCUAGUAUCCGUAAUUCGUUUCGCGAGUUGCUACGUGACAGUGUCAUCGGCGAUAACACAAGCACACUAUCAGACUUUAUUUAUGAUAGUUCGAAUCGUUUCCGUCGGGCAGGUGGAAAUUCAGACCUUGGACAUGCAACCCGUGCCCGUUUGGCCAUUUUACGCCGUUUUGCAUACGAAAACCCUCAUUUGCUUGACCGGGCAGAGGAAGAAGAUGAAAGUCCCACAACACCGAGUGCAGAGGACAAUGGUGAAGACUCACCCAUCGGAGAACCAGCCAAGAAGAAGCGCAAGCGUGGUCAAGGCGGGCGCAUUGUCAAAGGCGAGGACUUCUGGUCCAAAGUCGAAAUGUGGUUUGAGGCACGACAGAAGCAGUGGGGAGACUCGUGGGGGACAACAGGCUGGUCUUCAUACAUCAACCAAACCAUCGAGCUCGAUACCCACCGCUACCAGAGGCCAGUCGUCCAAAAUCUGUUCAUGAUUGAUGUCAUUGUUCCAGAGGCUUACAGGGCACACGGAUCUUCUGCUGCUUCCCUGAAGCAGAAGGCCCUAGGAAGUAUGGAGGACAUUUUGAGGCUCGUUUGAGGGAGCCAACACCUGUACAUAGGCCCAGCACGUUCAUUAGAAUUCUGACUCGAAAUUUCAACACCCUAUAGCUAGUUUCUUUAAUAUAAAUCCCCCAUAAUUCCAAAGCUAGCUUAGUCGACGAGGAACAAUAUUCACCUGAG